UAAAAUAUUUUCCUAAAAAAUUAGACGUCUUUGGAAACCGUAUUUACUCCCUCAAAGGGGUGAAUAACUUUCCCAAAGUUUUGCGAGUUGGAAAUUGGAACGGCAGGCUGUAACCACUCCGAGGCAACGCCAGAGGGCGACGAGUUCACACAAAUACAGAAUAAAUCACCAUCAAAUUGCCGCGCAUCAUCCCACCGUCAUUAUUUCUCCCAACAAUCCCGAGGAGAGGUCAGAUAAUGCAGGGACAGCUUUGUGGUCAAUCCCUGGGGAGGAAAACAAUUCUAUUCAUUGCAGAGCGAGUGAUGAAAGCAGGAGCCAAUCAACGGGAAGAGAACCCCGUGAUGUCAUAUAGUUGUCCAAUCAGAUCGCGGGAAUAUCGUCCGGCUCUAAAGUUGCGCCAAAUUCAAAAAAUACCGGGGACACAAUUCGCAGCGGGAGAGCGGUAUGCAGGCGAGGAUCAUGGAGUCCAUGGUCACAGGCUGGAGGAAGCAGCAGCAGCCUUUGCAGGAGGAAGACGACAGCCCUCAAGCCGACGUACUGAGGAGGAAGCCAUCGUCCGGCUCCCUCAACGCCCUCCGCAUGUCCCUGAGGAAGAGGCUGCCUCUCAAGCAGGUGGACUUCAACGUGGAGCACACUCCGACCUGGGAGAGCCUGGAGCUCGCCAAGAAGCCCACUGCCAUCCGAGCCCUGGGGCGGACGGCGAGGAACACCUGGGGCAACGUCUCCCAGAAACUCCAGAAGAGACGGCAGAGUCGCAGUGAGUUCCUGGUGGUCACUCCUUCAAAGACCGAAACUCCCCAAACACCUGGGAGUGGUUCGAAGAGAAGAACGCCACGCAGGACCCCUCGCAGCAGGGAGGGGAGGCUCCGCGGGACCCCACCCAGCGGGAAACGUACUCCUGGCCGUUCGAAGGCCAGCUGGAGGGAAGUUGGCCCUCCAGGCCAGCCAGGCAAGGAUGGGCUCCCUUUGAGAAGGUCGAUUAGAUCUGCUGCACUGACGAGUCCCUAUGGCACACCAACGGCCAUUAGCAGGCAAAGACAGUUCGACCGAGAUCUAGAAUCUGUGUCCUUUGGAAUUGGUCAGUUGAAGCGUCUGUCCCAGGUUUUUGAUGAAGCCAUCACCAAGGAAGAAAGUGGAUGUUACACUUUCUCUAAUUGAUGACUGAAGAAAAUGGAAGAGAGAGCACAAGCAAUUGAAAACUACUAUCAAGUCAUGUCAAAGAACCUGCAGAUGUCGAAGGUGCAGGCUAAGAAAUUGUUGUCUUCGUCUGUCAGAAGAAGAACAGUAAGGCUUUGCUCUACUCUCACCAACUGGGC